CUUAGAAUAAUAGAGAAACAUAAAAAGUCCACCCUUCUCUUCUAAAAAAAAAAUUAAAAAACACUCCACCCUUCUGAGACCCCAACUCUUCGUUCCUUUCAUCCUGUACCUUUCGUCAAUUUUCCCAGGCAGACAUCAUCACGUUCUCUCGUUUGAUCAUCCUCUCUCUGGAUCUCUUCUUCCCCCAUGAAAUUUAGAGAUCACUUUACUGUCCCUGUCAAGAGCCCAAGUUCUACUCAGCCGCAGUGAACCAUCGGAGGCCACUCGUUCAGAUUUUCAAAACACGACCGCGGCCUUUUGCCGCCAUCUUCUGCAAGUCUGCAACUGUCUCAAAUCUUGGUGGCUUUCUUGCUACACGAUUCAAAAGCUACGCAACAGACGAAUGACGAAUCCCGUUUUCGCGGGUUAGGGCGGGAGCGUAUAGGCGAAUUGGGUGACUAUACCCACCUGGUCAAGAUCUCUGCAACUUGCUUCAAUCGUUUGUUUCCGAGAGAUCCAAAUGAAGCGGAACCUGUCUUCAUCUGAUUGCGUCCCUUCCCCUAAGCGGCCAUCGCUGCUGCCUCUUCCAACUGGGAAGCACGAGGUUUUCCUGAGCUUCAGAGGUCCGGACGUGCGAAGAACUUUUGCAGAUUGUCUGUACAAGUUCCUGGAUCAUUCCAAGAUUCGCACAUUCCUUGAUGAUGAAGAGCUCCGGAAGGGGGAGAAGAUUGCUCCUUCCCUCGUCGAGGCUAUUCAUGAAUCCAAAGUUUACAUUCCAAUCCUUUCCCAAGACUACGCUUCCAGUAAAUGGUGUCUUGAAGAGCUCUCUCUCAUGGUCAAGUCCUUGAAUCAAAACCAAGGCCACAUCUUGUUGCCCAUUUUCUACUUUGUGGAGCCUAGAGAUGUACGGCGCCAAGAGGGCUCUUACAGUGAAGCAUUUCGGCGGCACAGUCAGGAAUAUGAUGCAGAGACCAUAACGGAAUGGAAGGAAGCUCUUCAAGUGGUCGGCGAAAUGAAAGGAUGGCAUGUCACCGAAUCCGAUGGACAAGGAGACGUGAUAGAGAAGGUUUUCUCCGAAGUGUGGUCACAUCUGAUGGCAAAUUACGCAAUAGUGACUGAUGAGUUGAUUGGUAUUGAUUCACACGUGAAAGAAGUGUUGGAUUUAUUGGACUUAGACUCCAAAGGUCUGAAAGUUGUGGGAAUUCAUGGUAUUGGUGGUAUUGGCAAGACGACCUUAAGUAAAGCUGUCUACAACGAGGUCUCCUCAUGGUUUGAUCGUUGUUGCUUUCUGGAAGAUGUACGAGAAACAUUGUUGAAGGCUGAUGGUGUUGUUACUUUGCAAAACAAGGUAAUUUCUAACAUUCUGAGGCAUGACAACCAUGUUAAAGAUGUCAGCGAGGGGAUUCACCUAAUCAAAGAUAAGGUUUGCAAGUACAAGGUUCUUAUUGUUCUCGAUGAUGUAGAUCGGAGGUUUGAGUUUGACAAAGUUUUUGGGAAGUUGCAAGAUUUUUCCAUAGAAAGUCGAUUUAUACUGACAACAAGAGACAAAAGGGUUUUAGAGUUCUUUGAGGAAUGUAGGUUGUUCGAAGCCAAAGAAAUGAGUGACAUUGAUUCUUGUCAACUUCUUAGAAAACAUGCCUUUCAAAUGGAUGAUCCUCAAGAAGGAAGCGACACUCUUUGUGAGGAAUUUGUGAAACUUGCUGCAGGACUCCCUUUAGCUCUAAAGGUCAUAGGAUCCCUUUUGUUUCGUAAAGAUAUAAGAAUUUGGGAAGAAAAGCUGGAGGAACUGAAAGAAAGCCCUUUCACUGGGGUGCAUGAGAUACUAAAAAUAAGUUACAAUGAUUUAACUCCCACGGAAAAAGAAAUAUUUUUAGACAUUGCUUGUUUUUUCAUUGGGGAAACAAAAGAGUGUCCUUUUUAUAUGUGGAAUGAGUGUAAGUUUUAUCCAGAAAGUGGGAUUAGCAAUCUUAUUCUUAAGUCGUUAAUAAAAAUUAACAAGAGAAGUGAGUUCUGGAUGCAUGACCACAUCAGAGACCUUGGUCGAGCUAUUGUUUAUGAAGAAAAUAUUCGACAGCCAUGGAAACGCAGUAGGAUAUGGUCCAAUGAGGAUGCUUUGGAUAUGUUAGAAAACGGGAAGGGAAGUGCCGCUGUGCAAGUUCUUAGAAUCAACAUGGAAGAUCGAGGUAAUCUGGAGUUGACAGAAAAAGACUUUAAUAAAUUAUCAGGGAUAAGGUUUCUUGAUGUGUGGGGUGGGGGACUGACUGGAGAUUUCAGUAAGAUGCUUCCAAAUAUACAAUGGCUUCAGUUGGGUUCCUGUCAUUCAAUACCCACUGACAUUAACCUGAAGAAACUGGUAAUUCUUAGCUUGGAACAUUCCAAUGUAUGGGAUUAUUGGAGAGGCUGGAAAAGAAUUAAGGAGAGUAAGAAGCUGAAAGUCGUAAAUUUAAGGUGGUGUGAUGACUUGGUGAAAGCUCCCGACUUGUCCUUUUCUGGCAGUCUAGAGGUGAUAAAUCUUGAUGUCUGCUGUGAUAUGGGAGGAGAGCUGCACAUCAGCAAUUUCAAGAAAUUAAAACUGCUGAGGCUUUCGGGUAGUAAGAUAACAGAAUUGAAAGGUGACAUCCAGAUGCUUCAAGAUCUGAAGGAGAUUGAUGCUUCAAGAUCCAAGUUGACAAAAUUGCCUACUGGUAUAGGGUUCCGAAUCUUUUGGAGCUCAAGGACUUGGAGGUGCUAUGCUUUCAGAACUGUUAUAAUGGGCCUCAAAUUCCUGGAGAUAUAGGGCUUCAACUACCCAAGCUGAAGAAGUUGAAUGUGGACUCUUGUGGUGCGUUGGAAACUCUGCUACUGGAGGUGGUGUCAGCUGCUACAUCGAGUAGCAAUGGGAUGGGAGUCUCAGCUACCCAACUCCCAUCUUCUCUAAACAGCCUUGUUGUGAGGAGUUGUCAGAAAUUGGAGAGACUGCCGAAUCUCGCAAAUCUGAGUAACUUGACCGAACUACGACUGGUACUGGUUGUAGUACACGAGAUAAGUGGCCUGGGAGAGCUGAGAAUGUUGGAAACAUUAGAAAUAUCUCGAGCCCCACACCUGGAGAACCUUGAUGGUCUUGAAAAUUUAGUGCUCCUACAACGGCUUACUCUGGACCGCUGUGAUGCAGUUGAAAAACUGCCCAGUCUUUCCAGUUUGGUCAAGUUACACACAUUAAAAAUUCGUAGGUGCAAGGACCUUUUUGAAAUCCAAGGGAGCCAGUCACUGGAUGCCUUGGGAGAGUGUUCUUUAACUCAUUUGGAAAUAAGCAGGUGUCCCAGGUUAGCUAAUGUUGAAGGCCUUCUUCAAUCUCUGGAAACACUGACCACUUUGGAAUUAACUAACUUUCUGUCACUAGAAACGCUACUUGGUCUUCCUUCAUUAGGCAACCUGAAGAAGUUAACUGUUGAGGAAACCUCUCAUGGUGUUUUACAAAGAAACGAGACUCGUCUUUCUGUACCACGAAUACGAAGCUUGCAUCUUGCUCGUCUUUGUAAUCUACAAGUAAUAAAGAUUUCUAGAUGCCAGCAAUUGAUUGAGAUUACAGGGUUUGAAGCACUGCAGUCAUUAGAAGAACUAGAUAUUUCGUCUUGCACCUCCUUUCAGAAGCUGUCAAAUCUAUCUGCCCUCAAGAAUUUGAAGAAACUAACAAUUCGAGAUGGCGCACAGCUGGCCAAGCUUGAAGAGCUUGACCGGUUGGAAUCAUUAGAAUGUCUAGAUAUGGAAGGCUGCAUGUCAAUCGAGAAGCUGCCGCCGAAUAUGUUUAAUCUUAAAAAUUUGUGGUCGCUGAGUAUUGUUGAAUGCAUGUCAUGGACGUUCACGGAGGACUGUGGGCUUGAGGGUUUGAAUUCAUUGAAAAAACUCUACAUUUCUGGGUGCAGAUCUAUUAUCAGGUUGCCAAAUUUGUGUGGUCUCCCGAAUCUGAUAGAUUUGGAUAUUAGGGAAUGCACAGAAUUGACAGACGUGAUGGGGCUCAGAAGACUGGAGUCUUUGCGGCGGCUCAACUUGACUGAUUGUGCAUCAAUUGUGAGGUUGCCUAAUCUAUCAGAUCUCAAGAAUCUGAAGGUGUUAAAUAUUGGUGGAUGCAAACAAUUGACAGAGAUCAGGGGACUUGAGAGUUUGGAAACGUUACAAGCACUAGCAAUGUCAAACUGCAAGUCAAUUAACAAGUUGCCUGAUCUGUCUUGCCUCGAGUAUCUCAGGUAUUUGGAUGUUAGGGAAUGCACGCAGUUGACGGAGGUCAUGGGAGUCGAAAGUUGGGAAUCAUUGGAACUGCUAGCUAUGUCAAACUGCAAGUCAAUCAGUAACUUUUCGGAUUUAUCUGGUCUAAAGAAUCUGAAGCACUUGGAUAUUAGAGGAUGCAGCCAGUUGACUGAAAUCAUCGGACUCCACAAGUUCAAAUCUUUGCAAGUGCUGGGGUUGCACAAUUAUACAGCUGUUUCCAUUUUGGGUGAUCCAUUUCGGGAUUUACAUUGGAAGUACCUAGCCUUGGCGACUUUGAAAUGAAGGAUUGGAAGUAUCUAUAGUAGUGAAGCAGUAAAGAACGUGGGGAAUAUACAAUCGAUGACCCAUUUUUCGUCACCUUCAGGAGGCUGCCAGCCAAACAUCCAUUUUGAGUUACAGUUCCUGAACAGAGCAGUGAAAUGUUUGGUUUGAAGUCUCCACCAUCUUCUGAAAUCCGGUGCUAUCUCUUGACAAGGCUGAGCUAUACUUAAAAGCAGAGUACUUACGAGUGGAUAUAGCGAAAGAAUGUAACACGAAUAACUUGGUGGUGUUUUCUCGUUUGUAUUAUCGAGUUCUAUAUGUACAUUGAUAGAGUGAAAUUAGUUGGAAGUCAUUUCCAUUGUGUGAGGUAUUUUAAGGAACAGAGCAUGACCUCCCAGGGGUUUGAUAUGGAAAACUGGAUAAGAGUAUGCCAGGCUAUUGGGAACGGGCUCGACUCAAGUCGUUAGGAGUAAUUUUAGAUGUAACGUGUGACUUGAUGGUCCAAAAUAUACAUUUGUAUAGGAAUAUUGUACUCACUAUGUGUCGUUGUGGGAAUUUGUACAAAGCAAUUGUGUAACUGAGAAGCAUUCGAUCAUUGGUGGAAAUGAGAGAGUGAUAUAC